AUGGCCACGAUCGACAAAGGCGAGCUCGCGCUACGACAAGUGGAAGAGAAAUAUUCUUGGGAGAACCACUGGGAGAACCGCAACCGCGAGAAGGAUUUCCAAUCUUUCUUAUCUAAGUUGCAGCGUGCUGGUAAAGCAGCUGGGGGUUUGGCUGGGAACGACUCGGCGACUGACCUCUCCGCCAGGAUCUUCACAGAGGCUGACAAGUGGGAGUGCAGACAGGAGCUACUUGACAAGGUGGGCGGUAAGCCACGGGAGUUUGCCUCGUUUGUCGCCUCGCCCAUCGAGGCGAAACUAUUCGACAUGCUGAAGUCUGCGCCCGACGACCUGAUGUCUACGAUUCUCUCGAUGAACUUGCAUGCGCUGGUGGAGAAGGUCGGGACCCACGAGGAUUACAUCAGCAGCAUCUUGAAUGUGCUCCAGUUCGACGAGGCGGCGCUGGGGGAGAAUCACUUGAACGUGCCCAUGUUGGGCUUGUCUUGCGAGGCCAGCAGGGCGAGGGAGAUGGCUGGGAAGCUUCAGGUGUCCAUUGUCUUGGCCUUAGGGAACGUUGUGUUCAAGCUGUCGGACGAAUCGUCGAUUGGUGCCAUCGCCAAGGCGAUUUCAGAACGUUGCCCGAAGCUCAUCGAGGACAUCGCUGACGUGGACGCUUGGGGCGAUCAGCUCGUGUGUGGCCUGACGCCCCAAGCAGCCGUGGAUUUGGGCGCCGUGGCGAUCGUCGGCCAGGUCGUUGACGCCAGGAGGAACGUCGACCUCCAAGGCGAGUCCGUGCCUAUCCAGCACUCUACCCGACUUGCGGCCAUGGCAUUACUCAAGAAUGCGUCGAAGCUCUCCCCCAGAAUGAAGGUGAAUUUCAAAUCUCUCGGUGGAUCUCAUGCUACGCAUGGCAAGCAGGCCUGGGACACGAUGACGAACUUGAGCGAGAUGCAUGCCAAGCAGUGCGAGAACAUGUUUCAGAAUAGGUUCGCGGGGAGGGUCAAGGAGAUGAUCAAGAGGGGUGAUGGUGGCAGGCUCGAGGAGGCGUACGAGGUACUGGUGGAGAUAUGCUCUGAUGGUGUUUCUGAGGCAAAGCAGUUCGGCGACGUCUUCUGCCAGGGAGGGCUUACUAUUGAUUCGCAGGAGGGUCGAGAUAUGUUUGGCCUGGGCGCGAAGUUCAUCGAGGUGUCGCUAAAGGUGUUCAACGAGGUCGUCGACCUCACCGACUCGUUCAAGGACCUUGUGGAGGGCAUCUACAGUGGGAGCGGUUACUCACCAGAGCUACCAGAUAGGCAACAGCCCCCCGAGGAUGAAGUGCCAGACCUGUGGGACAUGGCCAACGUGUUCUACCACAUCUUCAAAAUCCUGGAGCACUUCAGCCCGCCGGCUGAGGAAGCAUGCGUCCUCUUCCAUCUCACGAACCACCUCGCUGUCACGAUCAAGCUUGCGGAGGCCAGAGACAAGGAGAUCCUGCCCGACCCCACUGAGAUGAUCAACAAAUGGACGGAGGCACCCGCUCAAGGGAUGAAAACGCUCACUAACUUGCUGACCAUCAAGAAAGACAUCCUACCUCCUGGAGCUGUUGACGUUUUGAAGGUGGCGGUGAUCUUCGAUAGGGUUUUAAGCGCAGACGAGCGCCAGAAGGCGGGCCGUUCCGUUAGCCUCAUUGACGUCAACGACUUGCUGAGUUCCAUGUCCUGGGCUUUGACUCAGUUUGUAUCUGCUUGCGAGAAGCACGCAGUGUUCGACCGUGUCUACCAGCAGGGCCUCAAGGAGUGGGAUGCGCUCGUUGCACAGCAGAAGACUGCGAUGGCAUUCAUUUCAAGCUUGCAGGGCGAUUGGAUCGCCAACUACUCCAACGACCUCAACGUGGCCAUCGAGAAGUGGGACUUCACGGACGUGGCUUUGCUCAAUGGCGGCGCGGACCCCAAGGUGAAGCAGCUCGGGCAGCAGAUCGCGAACGCCGUGGCCCAGUUCCCCACGAAUGAGAAGAUCAUCGGCACAGUUGUGAAGAGCGUUGAUUGGCACAACCCCGACAAGAGGCAGGAGAUCGAGGAGCUCCAGGCAAUGAUCCGCCACCGCAAGGGUAUCUUGGAGAAGAGCGCGGUGUUGGCGGCUUCCAUCGCACUCGUUCGCCUCGUCACGACCACUGAUGGGAAGCCUACCUUGGCCGACUACGACCAGACGACGAAGUGGGUGAAGGUGAACUUGAACGUGCAGCUCGAGAACCUCCCGCCGAACCUCAACCGCCACCUCGGCGAGUUCAAGAGCCUGCUCGCUGGCGCCCCCGUCAACAAGCCUCCGGCGGAUGUUGCGAGCAUUGCGAGCGUUUCUACGGCACCGUCGGGGAGCAGCAAGAAGAAGUGGGCCACGUCG